AUGUGGAAGAUUCUCUUCGUAAUCCUGACUCUAUGGAUCAACUUCUCCUUAGCUCGUCCAAGUGCUGAGCAGUCCGCGUCUGAGAUUGAUCUCUACAAAGCCAAGACCUUUAUUCAAGAUUUACUUGACCGAUCAACGAACAAACACCGUCAAGCAGCAUCAUGUCAACGCUCCAAACUGGAUCUCCUCAGGAAACUAGUCGACAUCGACUCCGCCGGUAUCACGAUAGAUAGCACGAAUGCACGCCUAUUGAAUUACAUUGACCAAACUUUUAAAUUCGUUCCUUUCGAUUAUUCCCUUCGACAAGAUGAAUGCCUACAUAAUUAA